UAUUCAAAUGCACAUAUGACCGAUGCUGACUGAACAGUGAGAAUGGAGGAGAGGAGAGAACCCGCAGGUGGUAAUUUUAAUGGUGGCUUUAAGGAAUUCAUUUGUGAAGAAGACUUCCACGAUGAAGAGCAUCCUCAUCAUCAAUCUAACAGGCACCAAGUGUCCAUGUUCACUAUGAGUCCUGGGAGAUGUUACAGACUGGCUGCAGGGAGCCUGGCCCUUCUUGCUGCUGUUUUGCUGAUAGUUGAUAUCGGCCUGGGAGUCCAUUACAACAAACUCACAGAUUCUCACCUCACGCUCGAUGAUACCGAACGCAUCAGCAAAGAGCUGGUCGUCCUCCAGGAUACUUACAAGACUGCAGUGGAAACCAUGAAGGAUGCCAGGAAGCAGCUGGACAGCGAGAUGAGCAGUCAGACACAAACCAACUGGGAGCUUGAACACCAGACAAAACGAAGCAAUGACUAUAAAAGUCAGAUGGAAAAAAUCACAAAGGAAAUUGAAACAACAAGAUCACGUUUAUCAAUGAUUAGCGAUGGCUGCAAACACUGUCCUGCAGGAUGGAUUUUAAUGAACUCUGUAUGUUACUACUUCCCCAUGAAAUCAAAUGAAAUGAAAACAUGGAAGGAAUCCAGAGAUUUCUGUCAGCUGCAGGGAGGAGAUCUUAUAAUCAUAGACAGCCAAGACAAAGAGAACUUGACAGUAAAUUUCCUGAUGAAUCAUCAAGAUGCCUCCGAGCCCCCGAAAGGCUUCUGGAUUGGACUGAAGGAUUCUGAGGAGGAAGGGACUUGGAAAUGGUUGGAUGGAACAUUUCUUGUUCAAGGGUACUGGAACGAUGGAGAGCCGAACAACCUCAGUGAUGAAGACUGUGCAGCCGUGUAUCCCAUAGCAAACUUCUUCAAAGCUUGGAAUGAUGCUAGAUGUGGAAUCAAAAUGAAAUGGAUUUGUGAAAAAGCGCCAAAAUCCAUGAGCUAAAAUGUCUAAUGAGGAAUACAGUCUUAGAUAUGUAAAUACUAUCACAUAAAUCACUGUAAGCAUUUAAAUAUCCAGUUUUCUUUAAAUCUUCCAGUUAACAUGUAUAAGGUGGUUUUACUUUGUCUUCAUUUUGUUUUCUGCACCUCUCACUGUUUCUUUUGCUCUCUCUCUUUAACACACACACACACACACACACACACACACACACACACACGCACACACACACAAUCCUACUGAUUCCCCCCCAUUCCUUUUAUAUAUAAUUUUCUUGAGUUUGUUUAAUAAAAUGACUUUACUAAACUGCCAAAA